AUUCAAACGCAAGUAGUGGAACUGUUUAAACGUUGUUCUCCAGAGAAACGAAAAGUAACAUUUAUACAACUACUAAAUCUACUAGUGUUCAAUUUAAACAUAGUUAAACAAGAGGAUUUCAAUAUUAUUAAAAUCAACAACAAAUGAAAAACAAAUUCAGUGUAAACAAAUAAUAAAUAAAAUUCAUCGUGCAGUAUUUCAUUAAACAGACGGAAUAUAUUUUAUGAAAAAACCAAACGGAUUACUAGAUUUGAAUUCAAAAAAUCAAAGACAAGAAGUGAAAAACUAGUUUUAAAGAAAAGGAGUGAAAAAAAGACUAAAACAAAGCUAAAAAAAGAACUUGCAAUUUAAAUUCCAAGCCCGGUUUUUACGAAAAACUAAAGUAAAAACGGCAGUAAAAAAGUAAUACCAAAACGCAUUCGGCAUACGUUGAGGACAGGAACAAACAAGAAGGAAGGUGUGUUUGUGCAUGUGACUUGAAGCACGUAGAUAUGCACAAAAAAUAAAACGCAGAAUAAGACGUCAAGAGUUGAGGUUCCUUCAAAAGUACAACGUCGACGACGACAAACAAGUCAUUGUGGAGCUCUGGAACAGAGCGGACAUACCAAGCAUACAGCGCUGAGCUACUGGAUUGUAUAAAACAACAGACAACAACGAGAGUGUGAAAACGAAUUUGGAGAAAAAAAGGCAACAAAAAAUUUUGUUCGUUUUUUACAAAAGCCGUUUUUGUGAGUUCGCUAUAACACAGCCAAUCAACCAACACCACAACCACCUUCAUCAUCGUAACUACAGCUGGCCUGUGUUUUUUUUCGAUUUCGAGAGGGGGUCAUCGGUUGGUGGUUGAGAGUCGUUGCUCCAUAGAAGACAACAACGACGACGGCGAGAAUGUUUAAUAAAAAUUUAUGGAAUUGAUUCCGUUGUAAGCAUUUAAACGAAACGGUUGUCGAGCGGUUUGAAAAGAUAUUUUGAAAAUAAAACAAAAAUCGUCAAGAAGAGCGCAGUAAUAAAAACUCAAUAAGCAAAAACAAAAAAGUGCAUGGAAAAAACUAAAAAAAAAAUAAAUUUUGCAAAUAGUUGGAAGUAGACUAAAACCAAAAACAAAACUGGCAAAAAGUGUGAAAGAAACUAAAUCUUAUAAGAAAAUCUAAAGCAAAGCAAAAAGUAAAACACAAAAACAACAACAAAAUGAAUAACAAAGAUUUAAAUGUGGCCAUGCAAAAUGUAUCUAUAAAUAAUGAAUGUUGUUUGAAAACAACAAAAACCACAGCAAUGUCCCCCAAUGGCUGUUGCAGUAGUGCAGCCGCCGCCGCUGCUGGGGGGGCCUGUUGCCAACAGAGAACAGCCUCGUCACAGACGACAUCUACAUCAUCAUCACCAUCACCAUCCUGCUGUAAUGCCAAGUCCUCAAACGCCACCUCCCCUUGCUGCAACGUUUCACUGCCGCCCAAUGGUGCCACAGCAAAUGGCCACUGCCACUGCCGCAGUCAAGAUGAAACAGACAAAUCCGCUGUGCCCAUGGCGUUUGCCUCGGCCGCCGAAGGCGUUGCAUCGCUGAUGAGCCACAAAACCACAAAUACGCCGCCAACGGCCGCACCACCGUUUGCCAGUGCAAGUGUGGCCGAAAAACGCAAAAUGGUGCACGAGUUAUGUCAGCAAUUGAUACUCACGGAUGAACAGAUCAACGAGUUAACGUAUCGUAUCCUCCAUGAGAUCAAACGCGGUCUCGCCAAGGACACUCAUGCCAAGGCGAACGUCAAGUGUUUUGUGACCUAUGUCCAAGAUUUGCCCAACGGCAAUGAGCGCGGUAAAUUCCUGGCCCUCGAUUUGGGCGGCACCAAUUUCCGUGUCUUGCUGAUACACCUGAAGGAGGAGCAUGACUUUCAAAUGGAGUCGCGCAUCUAUGCCAUACCGCAGCACAUAAUGUUGGGUUCGGGCACCCAAUUGUUCGAUCACAUUGCCGAGUGUCUGGCCAACUUUAUGAACGAGCACAAUGUGUACAAGGAGCGUUUGCCUUUGGGUUUCACCUUCUCCUUCCCCCUUACCCAAUUGGGCUUGACCAAGGGUCUGCUGGUCACCUGGACCAAGGGCUUCAAUUGUGCCGGUGUAGUCAAUGAGGAUGUGGUGCAGUUACUCAAGGAUGCCAUUGCCCGCCGCGGAGAUGUACAAAUCGAUGUGUGUGCCAUAUUGAAUGAUACCACCGGCACCCUUAUGUCCUGCGCCUGGAAGAAUCACAGCUGUAAGAUUGGCCUGAUUGUGGGCACUGGCUCCAAUGCCUGCUAUGUGGAGCGUGUGGAGGAGGCGGAAAUGUUCGAUGGUGCUUCCAACGGCAAGCCUCAUGUGCUCAUCAACACCGAAUGGGGUGCCUUUGGCGAUAAUGGUGCCUUGGACUUUGUGCGCACUGAAUUCGAUGAAGAGGUCGAUCGCCAUUCCAUCAAUCCUGGCAAACAGGUAUUUGAGAAAAUGAUUUCCGGCAUGUAUAUGGGUGAGCUGGUGCGUCUGGCCAUUGUUAAAAUGGUCAAAGCUGGUGUACUCUUUAAGGGUCAAGAUUCCGAUGUCCUAAUGACCCGUGGCCAAUUCUUUACCAAAUAUGUGUCGGAAAUUGAAGCCGACGAACCCGGAGUCUAUACCAACUGCCACCUGGUCUUGGAGGAAUUGGGUCUGAACAAUGCCACCGAUGAAGACUGUGCCAAUGUGCGCUACAUCUGUGAAUGUGUUUCCAAGAGGGCCGCCCAUUUGGUAUCCUGCGGCAUUGCCUGCCUUAUCAACAAAAUGAAUGAACCUCAUGUCACAGUGGGAGUCGAUGGCAGUGUCUAUCGUUUCCAUCCAAAAUUCCAUAAUUUAAUGGUAGAGAAAAUCUCACAAUUGGUCAAACCUGGUAUUACCUUUGAUCUGAUGUUGUCGGAGGAUGGUUCGGGUCGUGGUGCUGCUUUGGUGGCGGCAGUAGCUUGCCGCGAGGAUAAUGUGCCGAAAAAGCAUUAGAGGAGGAGGAGGAGGCAGGCGACCAGAGCUAAGUGAACGAAAAAACUGUACUGAAUGGAGUUGAACACCGAAGGCAGAGAAGAAAGAAUAAUUUAAAGGUGUGAACAUAAACAUGUUAUUAUGGAUUUUUAUUUUUUAUGAUUUUUUUUUUCGUAUAGUACAUAUUUAGUUACUAGAAAAACAUAGUUUUUAAUUAUUUUGUUAACUAGUUAGAACUGAGCGGAGAAAUUAUUUGGCUUUAAAAAUUAAAAAGAUAAGCGAAAUAUUAUUGUUUUUAUUUCUAUACAUAUGUUUUUUUUUUACAUAUAUAAUUGGCCUUAAUUAUAAAACACACAAACACUUAGAUACCAUGUAGCAUGUAACAUUAUUAUUAUGAUUAUUAUAGUUUUUUUUUAUUAUUUAAUUUUGAUUUUAUACACAAAUAAUGUAUAAUGUAUAAAGAAAGAAGGAAAGAAAAAACACAAAAUUAAUACUAUGCAGAAAGUGGCGUCAAUAGUUAAAACAAAAACAACAAAAGCAUAGUAUAUAUAGAAGAAUUUAAAAUUAAAUUUAAAAAAAAAAACAAACACAACAAAACGGAAACGUAAACAUUUCAGUGUAUACAUAUAUAAAUAAAAUUAAAAAAAAAAAAAAAAAAUGUAUUUAUAUAGUAUAUCUAUAAAAAAAAUAUUAACAAAAAAAAACAUGAAAGCUUACCAAAUAAGUUUGAAAAUGGUAAACAAUGAGUAGUAUUCAAUUCUCUAUUAUUUUAUUCUUAAGUAAUUUUAUAUGGUUUUGUGUAGUACUGUAGGCCAUAUACGUUCUUACAACUUGGGUGAUAAAUGAGCAAAUAAAUGAAAAAAAAAAAUAAUAAUAAUAAAUGAAAAUGAUAAACAAUAAUAAUAAACUAAAGGAAGGAGCUUUUAUUUGGCCUGAAAGACAUACAAGAAAGUAAAUAAAAUAACUAUCCUUAAUAAAUGAAAGAAACCAGAAAAUCGUUAGAGAAACCAGAUGAUAAAGACAUACAAUUAUACAUUAUACAUAGUAUGUAAUUAUUACAAAAAUGCCACUGUAAAACGAAUGUUGAUUCAAACGAUAAGUUGCGUAUAGCAGCAACCGUAACCGUAAAGUUUGUAAAAUUGUUUAACGAAUAGCACACAUUUAUAUUAUAUAUACAUACAUAAAUACAUUAAAACAAAACAAACUGCAUAUUAUGAAAUAAAUAAACAUCAUUUAUUUAUAACAAAACAACAACAAAAAUAAA